GAGGAUUGAGAAACGUAAACAGGAAUUGUGAAUAAAAAUUUACUAUUUUUCAACCAUUUCAACGCCAAAUUGCAACCACAAUAUAAAAGUGUAUUGGAUUUCAAUUUUAUUAACAAAUACAUAAUAACAGUUCAGCAAAUCAUUUUAAAAUAGCUCAACUAUAAAGAUUAAAAGAAAGUAAAUAAUAGAAUAAUAUGCCUGAUCCAUCCUACAUAGAAAUUAAUGAAAUUAAAGGUUUUGUCACAUUUUUACAAAGCAUCGAUUGGUUGGAUCCAUGGCUAAUCGGAUUGAUAGGGUUCCAUGUCUGCAUAACGUCAACUGCUUUACUGACAAGGAAUUGUGGCAAUUUUCAAGUUUUUCUAUUUCUAGUCUUGUUAUUGCUGGUAUAUUUUUCUGAAAGUAUUAAUGAAUAUGCUGCCAUCAACUGGAGGAUAUUUUCGAAACAACAAUACUUUGACGAUAAAGGGUUAUUUAUAUCCGUGGUAUUCUCCGUGCCAAUACUUCUUAAUUGCAUGCUUAUGGUGGGUAGCUGGUUGUACCAAUCUACACAGUUAAUGGCACGGCUUAAAACAGCUCAGUUGCAUCAACAGAUUCGGCAGUUCAAUAGCCGUCAAAGGAUAAAACAAGACAAAGAAGAAUGAAAUUAUGCCUGCUUGUCCAUGCUUCUUAUAAAUUUUUGUUCAAAAAUAUUCCCGGUUAAGAUCCAAAAUUCUUAAGGAAAUGUGGUUUUUGGGCAAAAAUAGGGCCGACAUCACUAUUUAAAUAUAAACGCAAGAUACAGGUUUGAAUAAUAGCCAUUUCAACUCUUGUCUGGCUAUCGACCGCACAAUACUUGGAGUAGCUAUUGUUCAACGAUAAUGUUUGUUCAGUAGGUCACGGCACAACAUUUACAUUUCUAAGUAAUCGGAAAAAAAUGGCGUGAUUCACAUAUACGAGUUUAUACGAAUAAUUUAUUCCAGAGAAUAUACUCCCGUUUUAUGUGAAUGAUAUCAAUAAAUAAAUAUGCUGUCGUAA